GUGGGUAGCGCCGCAGCUUUUCAGGGCAGGCUUGUUCAUUCAAGCCGAGCUCUUUUGCUGUGGUGGAUAGCAUUGCCGCAAGCUUUAGUAGAUGUAGAGAAUGUCGAACCACGCCUGCAGAUUUCGGUUUAAAUUUAAUUCAUUCACAGGCGUUUAAUACCUAGCAUCAGACUGUAAGCGGCUUUUGCGUUGUCCUUCCUUUAGCUUGGAGGACAGGGCAGAGCAGAAAAGGAUUGGAGAAGAAAAGGGAGUUAAGGGCCAGCUUCUGAGUCUGGGUGAUUGCCCACAGUCAGUAUCAAAAUUCCAAAAGAAUUUCCAUCUUUUUGAGCAUGCAAGAUGAAAUUGAGACAGAAGAGAUAAUCAAGGACAUUUUCAAACAAGGCAAAAUCUGCUUUAUCCCUCGGUACCGAUUCCAGAGCAAUCACAUGGACAUGGUGAGAUUAGCAUCACCUGAAGAGAUCUCUUUACUUCCAAAAACAUCCUGGAACAUUCAUCAGCCUAGUGAAGGAGAUGUUCGGGAGGAGGCCUUAUCCACUGGGGGACUUGACCUCAUCUUCAUGCCAGGCCUCGGGUUUGACAAAGAUGGCAACCGGCUGGGGCGGGGCAAGGGCUACUAUGACACCUACCUGAAGCGCUGUCUGCAGCACCAGAAAGUGAAGCCCUACACCUUGGCUUUGGCGUUCAAGGAACAGAUCUGUCCCCAGGUCCCAGUGGAUGAGCAUGACAUGAAGGUAGAUGAAGUCCUUUAUGAAGACGCCUCAGCCUCUUAAGUCAUCCCGUGACUGUCAUACUCACUGGUUUGUACCAGUGUGUAGAAAGUGUGUGUAUUUCCUCCUUGUCAAAAAUGAGUCAAAAUGGCACAUUAAAGUGAAUAUGGAUUGUG